UGGGCUAAAAAAGAGGGAAAGAAGAACACGCACAGGUUGUCUUGGAACACGUUCGAUGCUAGUUCUUCUAGUUCUAGCUACCACCUGGCUCGUGAGAUGUGAGAGCGAUCCGGAGGAAGGCAGGAUUUGGAGACGACAUUGAAUGAAGUACGGCCCUCAGAGGACUUUUAUGGCCCUCGGAUGAAUUUGAAGUGGCCCUUAGAUUGAAAAAGGUGUGUAAAACAUUGAAUUCAUGCCAGAGAUGAGUGGGGCAGAGGAAAGGACUCCUCCUGCGACUGCGUUUCCAGCCGAUGAGGAGGAGCAAGACUCUGAUGGUGUCUAUCUAAGUGUUGUUGCUCAAAAAGGACGGAUCGGGCUGAGUUACUAUGACAGCAAGGAUUACGUUCUGUACUACAUGCCUGAUACCACUGACAGCAACCUGCAGCUACUCCGUAGAGUGGUAGAAGAAGUCAGUCCUCAGGUAAUCAUAACGAGUGCUAAACAAGACCACAGCAUGGUCCAGUUUAUCAAAAGCCUUGGCUCCAAUCCAGACUAUAAACCUGAAGUGGUGGUUUACCCCAACUCGGACUUUGGACUGGAGGUGGGAAAACAGCGGCUACUUGCAGCCAAUCUGCCUUUUCUUCCUCCGACCAUCACGGAAAAAGAGAAGAUCCCAUAUUUGUCUUCCUGCUUCAGCUUUGAUUCUAUACUCAUGGUACGAGCAGUAGGCGCUCUGUUGAAGUGUCUCGACAAACGCAGAGUUGGUGUGGAGCUUGAAGACAGCAGUGUGGGCAUACCCAUUCUGCAAUUCCGUGUCUGUUCACUAAAUGACAUGGUGUACAUGGAUAAAGACACAUUUAGUGUUUUACAGAUCUUCAAAUCGGAGUUACAUCCAUCAGUUUAUAAGCUCCAGUCGGGUGAGAAAGAGGGACUGAGUCUGUUUGGGAUUUUAAAUCGCUGCAAAUCUACCUUUGGCUCAAAAUUACUAAGAAAGUGGUUCCUACAGCCCACAAGGGACUUGACUGUCCUACAGCGGAGGAAAGAGGUUGUUCAGUUCUUCACCUCGCCACGUAACUCGGACUCAUUCAAGGUGCUACAGGGCUGUCUUCGCAAUGUUCGUAGUAUUCCGACACUUUUGCACAGAAUGGCUCUCUCACACACAAAAGUUAAUGACUGGCAAUGUCUAUACAAGACUGUAUACAGUGCUGUUUGCAUCCGAGACACUGUGCGGUCUUUACCCCAAUCCAUCAAGCUGUUCCAGGAGAUCAGCACGGACUUUGCCGAUGAUCUUUUCUACAUUGCUUCACUCAUCAGCAAAGUGGUGGAUUUCGAAACCAGCCUGGCAGAAAAUCGCUUCACCAUCAAGCCAAAUGUAGAUCCUGCUGUUGACGAGAAGAAGAGAAGGAUGAUGGGCUUGCCAGAUUUUCUUACUGAAGUUGCUCGCACAGAGCUGGAAAACCUUGACUCCCGCAUUCCCUCCUGUUGUGUCAUCUACAUCCCUUUGAUUGGAUUCCUUCUUUCCAUCCCCCGACUUCCCAGCAUGGUACAGAAAGAAGACUUUGAGAUUGAUGGGCUUGACUUUAUGUUCCUGUCAGGAGUGCGGUUGCAUUACCGUAGUGAGAAAACCAGAGGACUCGACGACCUACUGGGCGACCUACACUGUGAUAUCCGUGAUCUAGAGACGUCAGUGAUGACUCAGCUGCAGAAUGUGGUGCUGCAGCGUAGUGGGAGCCUGUAUAAGGUCUUGUCUUUGAGCGCGGAGCUGGACUGCCUGAUGGCCAUGGCUCUGGCCUCGCAGGAAUACGGCUACACUUCCCCCACGCUCACACCACACAGCAGCGUCAUCAGACUCGCAGAGUCCAGACACCCUCUGCUGGAGUUGUGCUGCCCCGUGUUCGUUUCCAAUAAGUUACUGAGCUCUGAGACGGAGGGCAAGGUGAAAGUACUAACUGGGCCCAACUCAUCCGGCAAGAGCAUCUACCUCAAGCAGGUGGGGCUUAUUGUCUUCAUGGCUCUGAUUGGAUCUGACGUGCCGGCCAAGGAAGCAGAGAUCGGUCUGGUAGACGGCAUCUUUACACGCAUGCAGAGUCGCGAGUCUGUCUCUGUAGGCCUUAGCACCUUCAUGAUUGACCUCAAUCAGAUGUCAUACGCAGUGAAAGAAAGUACAGGAAACUCCCUGGUCCUCAUUGAUGAAUUUGGAAAAGGCACAAAUACGGUGGACGGCUUGUCUUUGCUUGCAUCCUGUACCAGCAGCUGGCUCCUUAAGCCAGCUGACCAAUGUCCACAUGUCCUACUGGCCACCAACUUCCACAGUCUGCUGCAGCUGGACCUGCUGCCCUCCUCUCCGCUGCUCUCCCUCCUGACGUUUGAAACUGCUGUUGACGGAGACGAAUUGGUUUUUCUCUACCAGCUGAAGGAGGGUGUCAGUCAGUUCUGCUAUGCAGCAAAUAUUGCAAAGCUUGCGGGUGUCCCAACCGAGCUGGUGCAGAGAGCUGUAGAGGUAUCAGAACUCUACAGAGCUGGCAAGACCAUCAAACGAGUAGGUCAUUCGGCCAGUGACCAGCAAAAUGACAAAUAUCAUGCAAUGGUGGAAAAGUUUCUGAAUCUGCCUCUGGAAGACUCUUCACUUGACCUGACAACCUACAUGAGGGAGGAGGUGCUGCCUUUCUCUAAAUACGAAAGUUGACAUCUGACAUGGUUAAACUUUUUUUAAAGCCUGAAUUUAUUUGACCUUGCCGCACAUGAUUGAACUGUCUUAAUGACUCAUUGAUUUAUUUUUAAAUGUAAAUGUUUUUUAUUGUUACUGCAUUACUUAUUGACCAAUGGGAAUUAAAAAUCUAAUUGUCAUACUGUACUUUUUUGUUCUAAUACUGAGAAUUUGUUUUCACACCGUAACUGACCACAAUGUCAGAUUUGUUGUUUUAUAUCAUCACUUGCUGUCAGUCUAACAGUGCUUGGCCCAAACUCAUGUUGUAUUAUGACUACCAUAUACCUACUGAAAAUAGUGUGUAAUGCUAGUCCACAUGGACACACUUUCCAAAUAAAUGUAAGUAUCUGGACUCGUUA